AUGGCUUCUCUCUGGUAUUGCUGUGACUGCAGCUUCGGUCCUCACAACGCCGCUCUCUACGAUUCUUGUGUCAACUGUCAACGCCGCCGUUGUGUCGAAUGUGUCGAAGAGAAAGCCGCAGACGGCCUGAACACCCACAACCAUGCCCACUGCCACGAGAGCUCACCAUACCCUUCCGUGGCCUCAUUCAAUCCAGUUCGCCCAAUGUCCCACAAGACAAUGCCGGCCAUCCCGACACCAGACCUCCCCGGUGUCCGCCCAUUAUAUCGCGCGGCCCCAGCUCUGCUUGCCACAUCCCUCGGUGCCACGACCAAUUACUAUACGGAGACCUACAUGUACAUCUGCUGCAACUGCAAUGAUGGCCCGAAGGUCUUCAAUGUCCAGCCAGUCUGUGUUGUCUGCAACCACGUAGCCUGUGACUCGUGCACCAACGUCAAGUGA